CUCGGACUCUGCUGCCCAGGGGAAAGUAAAAAGGGCAGCGCUGCAAUGCUUUAAUCCCCCAAAAACGCAUUCCAACGCCGUGUAAUCACACCAGACAACUGUGGCCGCUUUGCAUGCGUCCCUGCAGGGCUGCAGAAGCGCGGCUAAGCUGCUGUUGAUGAACACGUGGCGCAGCUGCUAGCAUGAACAUGUGUGCAAAAAUAGCAUAAAAUGAUGAAUCAGUGCGCGUGGCUUUAAACAAAGUGGCGCAGGACCGGGACGGGGGUUUCCAAUCAUGCAUUGCAUCUUCCCAAAAUGUCCAAAGUGUCGCCUUACAGAGAGGUUUUAUUUUUAGCCCGGGGUGGUUCGUGAGAGCACUGCAGGUUCCCUUUGGAUCCCGAGGCCUUUUUUAAAAGGGGUAGGUGGAGUUUCGCCUCUCUCUUGUCCCCAGACCUGAGUUUGGGUCACUGCGGUCGGGUGUUUCCACUCUCCGGUCUCCCUGCUGGUAACUCCUGGUCCCGUUCCCAUCUGCAACACGUUUUGAGGUAUUCGAAAAGACAGACCCUCCAAUAUCAUCGUAAUGGAUCAGCACAAGUACCGCACGGCUGGCGUCCAGGAGAAGCUGGAGAUCCUCGGGGUGGAGGACGCCGACGGUAACCCCAUCAGCGCCCUGACCAUUCUGUCACUGCUGGAGCGCGUGGCCGGCAUCAUCGACAACGUCCAGUCCUGCCAGCAGCGCAUGGAGGAGCGUCAGAUGGACCUGGAGAACAACAUCAAGGGCAUCCAGGGCGACGUGAUGAAGCUGGCCAAGGACCACACCGACACCAGCGGCACGGUGGAGAAGCUGCUGCAGAAAACCCGCAAGGUCAGCGCCAACGUGAAGGAGGUCCGGGCGCGCGUGGAGAAGCAAAACGUCCGCGUGAAGAAGGUGGAAACCACGCAGGACGAGCUGCUCACCCGCAACAAGUUCCGGGUCGUCAUCUACCAGGGCGAGACGGAGAUCCCAUCAUUGGCCGUCACAAAGUCUCCCAAAGGAACCGGCCUGGACGGAGUUGAGAUCGAGCCCGACACCUACGACGCCCCCGCCGACCUCUCCUCGGAUGAGGAGUACCUGAGCGUGGAAGAGGCCGACCCCUCCAGAGCCACCCGCAUCAAGCAGUCCAUGGUGAAGAGCACCGAGACCCUGAAGGCCGCCUUCUCCAAGGAGAACAUGAGCAAAACCAGAGGCAACCUGGGCAGCAAGUUCCACAACCUGGGCGAGAAGGUGAUGCCGCACGAGCGCCGGGACAAGAUGCACCAAGCUGGCGAGCGCCUGAAGCAGUCCGGAGAGCGUCUGAAGGACAACAUCGCCAAGAAAGCGCCGAACCGAGAGACCUUCCGCAUCAAGCUGAAGAAGGAGAGGGCGGUCGCCGAGGGCCAGGAGGGCGCAGAGGCCGAGACCGAAGCCGAGGCCGAAGCUCAAGUCCCGGCACCGGAUGAGGAGAAGCCCGUCGUCUACACCGAGGUCGCGAUGGAAACCAAGAGAGAGGGUCCGGUGGAAGAAACAAGCGCCACCCGGAUACCAGAGGACGAAUACACAAAGUAAGAUCGGACAGGAAGAGGAGGCGGGACACCGGAAGUAACCUCGUAACCCCGAGGAUUUAGAGAGAAGGUCUGCGAUUGGUCGACAUCCACGACGAUGGACACUCUUAUCUGCAAGAAUGUUUUAAAGACGGAAGAAACUCUUGAAGUGGGCUUUUCGGUACUCAUCCGAAUACGAACUGGUUAUUUAUUAAAACUGGAUUUCAGGGUGUGGAAUCCUAUGAUUCAAACAGCGGGACAUGAAUGUAAUGACCUUUAUUUUAAAUGAAGGAAAGCAAAGUUUGUUGGAUAAUAAUUAUUGGUCUAAAUUGGCGGGAUUAUAACCAGGGUCAGGGGGGAUUUGCACUGUAAGCCUGGAAGGUAAAGAAAUGGUUGACUGAGGACGAUUGAUGAUUGAUUGAUCUUUUAUCUGGAUGUUCAUAUAAUGUUGUACAUACUGCCAAAAAUCUGGGAGGUGAAAUUCGGUCGCUGCGGGCCUCAGCUGGUCUCUGAGACGCCCGCUGAGGAGAUAAAGUAACGGAUAUGGAUUCAAACGUCAGACUGGUUUCUGUAUGCAAAAUUGUGGGAAGUUUAGAGGUGCUUGAAGGUAGCAUCAGCGAUCGCUUAGAUAGGCACUAAAGCUGUUUGGGACUUCAUUACCCAGAGUUCAUUUCACCCGUGUUAAACAUCAGUGAAAUGUUCAGGACGUUGGGUAAAACAGGGCUACAAAUAAAAUAAAUGACAGUGUAGUCACCGUAAUCACAAUUAAACUACAUUUUGAUUGUGUUUACUGGGAGCGUCGGAUCCGUCACAACAUUGUUGAAGAAAUAUAAAAAUGCGAUGGUGUCUUCGUUAACGUAAAAUAAACGAGACAGCGCCAAAGUACGGUGGCCAUGAGGAUCAAAACUACAUUUUAAAAUGACUUCACAUUUCAAAAAACACAACUACAUGGUUGUCAUUUUUUAAAUAAUUGUGUUGUGUUUUGACCUUCAAGGCCACCGUACCAACGGCAUUAAAAAGACGACUAAAAAUCUGUCUGUUUUAUGUGUUUUAAAAAAAAUCGUGUUCAAGUUUCCGCUGAGGGAAACCUUUAAAGAGGCCCAGUCCUGUUCAGGUUCAGUUAUUAUAAAGGGUCUCUACUGUGACAUGUCUUCAAUGUUUAAAAAGGGUCGGCUGUGAUUGGUCAACUGCUAAGAGAUGUCCCGCCCCUUAGCCUAUACAAUGGGUUUCAGCGCUAGCCCAUAGGAGCGUGAGUAUUCCGUAGUGAUGUCACUAUGUUCCGGUAGUAAACUAAGGAGUCCAAUGGAGGCGUUUCAGGCCGGGGGGCUAGUGUGUGACACAAGGAUUUAAGCCUUUGCAGACCAUUUACAUACCCUAAAACCUUUAGAACACACUACAGAAAAAGGGAACACCACAGAGAGCAGAAUAGGGCCUCAUAUUUACCCCAUAUUUUAAUGGCUGCACCAAAUGGCAAUAUUCAACAUUACACUUGACACCCUUCAUUAGUUGACGCUUUUAUACAAAGCUUCAUUUGUAUGAAAACUACAUUUCCCCAAAGUGUUUGGUGUCUGUUGGACUUCCGUUGGAGUUCAAAUAAAACGUUGAGGCUUUGAUUAAAGCUAAAAGACUAAUAUUAACACCGGCAGCGGCAGCAGCAGCAGCAGCAGCAGCAGCAGCAGCAGAUAAAACUACUAAGGGUUAGGAUGAUAUAUUUGUGCAACACAGUCCCUCGGUGACGUCAGACUGUAAUGACUCUUGAAAGUGGAGGGAGUGGCUUUAAGGCUUUUUGCUGAAUGUAUGGAUGUUGUAUUUUGUCCGGCUUUGCUGCUUGAUAUCUAUAUAUUUUAAUUUGAAGUUUAGUGGGCAUGCUGACUGUAUUCUCCUGGAGUGAUUAAAAGAGGAGAUGUUUCUGUAGAAGCUUAUAGCGCUGUUGAUAUAUAUUAGAACGGCGUCUUAUUCUGAAAAAUGCACUUCCUGUAUAGCUUUAAUUUCACAUCCUGCUGUAUUAUUGUGUCUGCUGAGUGAAACUGUACCGAUGGAACAUUAAUGAAGUAGAUCAAUAGCAUUUGGGUUUAAAUAGGGUUUCAUCCGUUGCAUUUGUUUCCCUUUUUUCACUUUUAAUUACAGCUCAGUUUCCAUGUUGUGUUUUGCUGUCAUUUUUACAAUCAUCUCAAUCCAGUUGGAAUGCUUUACAGAGAGAGGUCAGCUGAGUGAGAGCUGUGUUGUUGUUUUGGCCUGUGGGCUGUAUCAGCAACUCCAGACAUUAAUCAUUUUGUUUUUGUAUAAAUAAAGUUCUCGUGAAACCUC